AUAGAACAAUUAUGAAAGAGAAAGAGCCGUUUAUGCUGGAGAGUAAUAAAUGGCUAUGUCAUUUAUCGUACAGGUUAAUAAAUGGCAGAGCCGUUUAUGCUUUGAAAUUAGCCAUUUAUCCUAAUUAUUUAUCCUAAUCAGCAUCAUUAGGCAUUCGUUUUGUACAAAAAUCACUUUUAUAGCAUCAGUGCGUCAGUUCGAAAUAAAAUACUAAGUUUUUGUACAGGGGAUCUGCAGAAAACCUCUGAAAACCGUCUCAAAAACCAUUAAUACGGUGUCGAAUCAUAUGUAUUCUAAAAGUAGACACUUCAGACUAUCUUUGUAUGUGCUUAUCUCAAAAUCCGAGAAUCGUCAUUUCUGAGGAGGGGGGCCCUUAACUGACUACAGUUGCCACAGGCGCGAUCAGCACUUAAUUGUUGUUGCUUAGAAAAUUCAUCAAUGUGAAUCUUUUUAUAUCGAUUCAGGGCAGCAAUAGAAGGAAAGUAUAAACAGUAUAGACAUUUUUGACAAACUCGUCGGUCGAUAUCCUGUUGUACAGCAUAUGAAAACGUAGCGCGCUGUUUGCGGAGGAAAUUGUCAAAGGGAAUGUAAGGGAAAAUAUUCUGGAUUCAGUUUGAUGUACCAUUCCAUAAAUUGGUUAUAAGCAAUUGUAUGUGGUUGAGUCAUUGUUACAAAAACACUAUUUUAGAUAGCUAAGUGAUAUGUUUAUCUAAAACCGAUAGCAGAGUACUCCAUGGAAGAUAUGACACGGACCCUCAGACUUUUCUUUUCUUCUAUUGUAGUUGUGACUGGUAGAACUCUGUUUGGUCAGAGAUACCAUUGAGAUCUUGAAUAUGUUUUGAAUAGGGAGGACUUAAUUAGCAUAAAGGAAAGAAAAAAUAUCACACCCAUCUUUUUCUAAGCGACACUGAGCAAAAUUUUUUCCGCACGAUGACGUCACUUUUUUGUGGCUUUUGAUUACAGCAUAAGAAAAAGGAAUGUAGAUGAAGGUUGAAGAGAAAUAGACUAGCUAACAUCUCGGAAUAACAAUGCAGCAGUUUUCAGAUGAAUACAUCACUCCUUUGGAAAAAAUAGAUGAAACUUUUAUGAUGAAUUCAUAAUCUUUUAUAAUCAGAUAAAAAUUUCCAUUGCAUUACAACUCUAUAAAUUCAUAGCAUUUUUAUGAGUUUGGACUAUAUACCUAGUCCUAUUUGGACGUUUAGCGGGUGUAUUUGCACAAUAUGUUUAUCAAACAUCGUCACCGUUGUGUGAUUUAAAUUUAAUUGAAUUGAAUCAAGUUUGUCCAUAUGUGUCAUUUCUGUUGUCUUAUUUACAACACUUAUGUUUUGACAUAUUGGCUAAACGUCAAACGAAUCGUAUACGUAUUAAAGUAUUUCAAACGACAUUGAAUAAAGUAAGUGAUGUAAUAUGGUAUGAUACUGAUGGCGGUGAACCUGUUUCGUCUUUAUAG